UUCAGAAUUAAUGCAACAAUUUGUAUAAUGACAAUCUUAGAAAAUUGAGGUUUUCUAAACUGUGAAGCAUGAUCAAUCAGAUUAUAUUUGUCCUGUGUAUCCAGUUCUCCUACUCCCAGGUGCAACCGGAGAUUGAGUUUGGAGCCGUUCCGGAGUUUUCAAGUACUCUGAGUCCUGCGGAGUUAUUUCAGCAGGCGAUCCAAGACAAUGUUGUUAGUGCAUUAGCUCCUGUUAAACCAAUCCCUCCACUAGAAAGUCCUUUCGCUAAUUUUGACCUCCCCCCUCAGACCCCUCCCGUCACCCCUAAACCACCGAGGAACAAUGUCCUUGCAAAAAUUCCCGAUCAAGAACCGCCCCCGGAGAACCCAAAUAUAUUCCAACCUCCCCGCCAGGAUCAGCGACCGUCAAUCAGGAAACAGGUUGACAAGUUCGGCAACCCACUCGGAGAUAUCCACAGUACUGACACCACUAGGUAUGAUCUGGGUUCGGGCGGAGAUCCGAUAACUCUUCGUUGUCCGAGGAACUGGGAGCGGUUUGAGGGGAGUUGUUACAAGUUUACAAGAUCUCCGACCAAGAAGUGGGAUGAUGCUAGAGAACUAUGCAAAGCAUUCAGGCACAAUGAUCAGGACAGAGCGGAUCUUGCCAGUGUAGAUACUUUCGAGGAGCAUAGGUUUAUAACUAACUACUUGAACAAGAAUGAUCCUCAGCACCGGAGAUGGUAUAUCUCUACUAGACAGGAGAACCAGAAUACCUGGAUCAACCAAGGAGAUGGAUCACAGAUGCUGAACCUUCAAGAGUUCUUUCUCAAAUCCAACGAGUGGGGAGAACUGGAACAGGCUGACUACAAGAAGGAUUACUUGGUUUAUGCUUUCUCCCUGGACAGAAGACAAUGGGGAUUCCAACCUGUAUUCGGACUAGAGGAAUACCUAUAUAUCUGUGAGGUCCCGAUUGAGGAAAUCAGAUAUUUAAUCAACGACGACAGAACCGCGGAGUAUGGCCAACCCCUGGGAGAUCCCAGAUAUAUCCCGAUGGGACCCGUCUUCAUGAGACAACCCAACCGAACCGUAUUUGACAUGAGCCGGAGAAAUAUCGUGAAUGAUGUAUCCUUGCUGUGUAUCGCCCAGGCCUGGCCCCCCGCAUCCUACGAGUGGUUCAAGGAACUCUACAUCAAUGAUACUCUCACCGAGCUCAAGGUUGAGCCCUUGUCUGACUCCAGGAUUACAAUCAGUGGUGGUCAGCUGAUUAUCCAUGCUCCGGAUCAGACCCAAGACAAGGGAACAUACUUCUGCACGGCAACUAACGAGUUUGGUACAAUAAGAUCUAAAUCUGUUUCUUUAUCCUUUGGUUUUAUCGGAGAAUUUAUCCUGCGACGAAGUAACGAGGUAGGGAGGGAGAACUGGGGUAAAGCUAUCUCCUGUGAUCCCCCGCACCAUUAUCCAGAUGUAAAAUACUACUGGGCGAGGGAAUAUUUCCCCAAUUUUGUUGAAGAGGAUCGGAGAGUUAUGGUUUCAUAUGACGGAUACAUGUACAUCACAGCUCUAGAGAAAAUAGAUCGAGGAAACUACAGUUGUAAUGUUCAAAGUGCAGUUUCCAAUAUUGGCAGGAACGGUCCCUUUUUCACCGUUGACGUUCUCCCCCAUCCGAACUAUCAGCAGCUUAGGUUCCCUCAGAACUUUCCAAAAUCAUUUCCUGAAGCUCCGAUGGCCGGAGAGGACGUAAGACUUGAAUGCAUCGCCUUUGGAUAUCCAGUUCCACAUUAUAACUGGACAAGAGAGAACUCUCCCCUCCCCCGUGGUUCCUAUACAACCAACUACAACAGGGUUCUUAUUAUCCCCAAGGUUCGGGUAGAAGAUCAGGGUCAGUACAUCUGCACCGCAAAGAAUGACAAGGUUUCAAUUAAGGAGAAAAUCACCCUGAGUAUUCAAUCCCGUCCUGUGUUCACAAUCCAUAUUGAUGAUCAAUUUGUGGACGAGAAUGAUGAGUUAGUUUGGACCUGUGAGGCCUUCGGUAUUCCUGAUGUAACCUAUGGCUGGUUAAGAAACGGAAAACCUCUGAUAACAGAGAAGGACAAGUUAGCCCCGGAGGACCGAGGACGGUAUGAACUAAGAGACAAUGUUCUAAAGAUCCGACAAGUGAGGAAGGAUAGAGACGAGGGAAUGUACCAGUGCAUGGCUAAAAAUGAUCUGGAUACCAGAUACAGCUCAGGACAGUUAAAGGUUCUGGUUAUACCUCCGUCUUUUGUGAAAACACCGUUGGACGAGAAGAUCUACGCUGCAGAAGAAGGAAAUGUCACGAUCGUUUGUGAUCCGGAGGCAGCCCCGAGACCUAAUAUAACCUGGUACAAAGACGGAAACCGUCUUGGAUCUGGGGGAAAGAUAACCUUGUUCAAGAACGGAAAUAUUUACAUGAAAGGACUAAACACUGCAGACUCUGGACAGUAUGAAUGUGUAGCCACCAACAAGUAUGGAACGGCACGGAGUAAGACGUUUCUUUAUGUUAAAAAAGGCCCAUCCUUUAAGCAGGCCGGAGCUAUUAAACCCACCCCUCGUGUUAUCAUCACUAAGGGAGAGCGUGUUGGUCUCAAGUGUAGAGCUGAAGCAGAUGAUAUCCUAGACAGAGCUUACUACUGGAGAUUGAACGGGUUUCUGCUUGAGUUUGUAGAAGAUUAUGAAUACGAUCGUAUCCUAGAGUUGAAGAAUGCAGGGGGGAGCAGGGUGAGUAUUGAUAGAGGAUUCAACCGACCCAUCACCUUCAAACCAUUAGAGUCUCAUUCUCAGCUUCUCUCCUCCUCCUGGAUGAGAGAAACUGAAGUGAAAAACAAGGGAACCGGAGAUUUUCAAAAGUUUCGCCGUGGUAUAGCGGACGGAGACAUGAACAUAGAUAAUAUAACAAUAGCAGAGGCAGGAGUCUAUGAGUGUGCUGUAGAGACUGUGGUUGGAACUAUAUUUGCAACAACUGAGGUUUUUGUUCACGCACCUCCGGGUCCCCCUGGAGGAGUUACAGCUGUUAAACUAUCCUCCAGAUCCGGAACCAUCGUCUGGACGGACGGAGCAUUCUAUGGAUCUAGGAUUACUGCCUACAGGAUAGAAGGACGGACAGAUCACAACCAAACCUGGGGUUUACUCGCAGAUAGAGUUGAGGGAGCAGAGAUAGAAUACCAGGGUGGAAGACCUAGGAUUGAUGGAAGGAAGCAGGUUCGAAUUGAUAAAAUUCUUUCUCCGUGGUCAGCGUACUCAUUCCGAGUUGCCGGAUACAAUGAAUAUGGGAUGGGAGAUUGGUCCGAACCUUCUCCUCAGUACAAUACAAGACCAGAUAAACCGUACAGUUCUGUCAAGAAUCUCCGCAGUGAUGGUGGUAGGACUGGAGAUCUAACGAUCCGAUGGGAUCCGCUACCGAAGGAACACCAGAAUGCUCCCGGUUUAUAUUACCGGAUAUUCUACCGACGGGUUGGUGUGGAUAAGGAGAGGGAUUUUCAACAGAAAACUUUGAAAUCUUUAGGAAAUAUUGCCAUGUACGUGAUCCGAGUUCCCCGCCAGUAUUUCUAUACAACCUAUGAGGUUAAGGUUCAGGUUUUCAACGAUAUGUGCAGAGAACCAGAAUGUAGCGGACCAAUCUCAGAUCCAGUUUUUGUAAUGACUGCUGAGGACUUGCCUCAGGUUGCUCCGUCUACAGUCGGAGCUAGACCUUUCAACUCAACAGCAAUCAACAUCACCUGGACCCCAAUCCCUGAGGUUAGAGAGAAGAUUCGAGGGAAACUGAUCGGACACAGGAUCAAGUACUGGAGACAGGACCUGGAUGAGGUUAUUGAUUGUCAAUACGUUCUGAGCCGGAGCACAAACUCUCAUGCGCUUAUCAUUGGUCUCCUUCCCAACACAUACUACUGGGUCAGAGUUAUGGCGUACAAUUCAGCAGGGCCUGGACCGGAGAGUGAAAGGUUUCUUGAGAGAACGUUUAAGCUCCGACCUCAGAAACCUCCGACGGCCGUUCAAGUGUAUGGAAUCAAUCCUUCAACUAUAACUGUGACCUGGAGAUAUGUUUCUCCGAGUGUAGCGGAGGAACCUCUGACAGGAUACAAGGUUCGGGUGUGGGAGUCGGAUAAGGAUAUCUCAGUGGCAAAUGACACCUAUAUAUACAUAGGAAACAAGCUAGAAGCAGUUAUAUCUGACCUCACUCCGGGUAAGACGUAUAUGCUCCGAGUGCUAGCUUUCUCCCAGGGCGGAGAAGGUAAAAUGUCGUCGCCGGCCUGGCAAUUUCAGAUGGGAGAUCCUAAAUCAUUAAACACGGCGUCUCCAGUCUUAUCUAGCUUCUCCGUUCUAUCCACUUUAAUCCUUCCUCUCAUCCUACUUAAGGUUCUAGGGUGAUACAGAGAUAUUUGAACCUUGAGUCUUGGAACUUAUAUUUUUAAACAGUGAAAUCCAGUGCAGUACAAGUAGCCAAUUCCGGCUUUACUCCAAAUAUGAUAUUAAAACUUCAGCUCUGUAUUAUUAUGAAAGUAAUUCAACAUACAAGGUUUUAUCUAAAGUUAAAAGUCAAUUUUGACAACUUCUGAAAUUUUCAAUUUUAUGUAAAAAAUCCUUCCCAGUAGCACAGUUUACAAAGGAAUUGAGAGGAAUUGCCACAAAAU